AUGGCCGACUCAAGCAGCGAUGGCGCCGUCACUUUUGCGCUUUACAGAUACACUCCUUCAAUUCCCGCUGCUGUUGUCAUGGCUGUAGCAUUCGGGUUCCUGGCUGUCUUCCAUGCCUAUCGACUGGUUCGAGAGAGGGCAUACUUCUUCAUUCCAUUCAUUAUCGGUCUUAUCUUCGAAGCAGCAGGCUACAUCGCACGCAUAUUUUCACACUUCGACACUCUAGCCCUCGGCCCCUAUAUCGUCCAGACAAUGCUCAUCCUAGUCGCACCUCCGCUAUUUGCUGCAUCUAUCUACAUGACGCUAGGACGACUUAUCCGGGAAAUGGGAGCGGAGUCGGCAUCAAUUGUUCGCGUUAAGUGGUUAACCAAGAUCUUCGUUGCCGGGGAUAUCAUCUCGUUUGUGCUGCAGUGUGGUGGAGGCGGGUACAUGGCCGCAGGCUCAGCAGAAGCUAUGCAAAGCGGCGAGUACAUCGUCAUCGCUGGUCUUGCCAUUCAACUCCUUUUCUUCGGUUUCUUCAUGUUUGUUGCGUUUCUCUUCCAUUGGCGCGUUACCGAAUCCGCAUCAGCAUACAAGAUCUCAAAAGCCGUGGAGUCCCAGAGCGGCCGGUUCUCCUGGCAGACGCUCAUGUGGACACUCUAUGGUGCCUGUGUGCUGAUUCUGGUGCGGUCUGUUUUCCGUGUUAUUGAAUUCGUGCAGGGGAAUGAUGGGUACAUUAUGAAAACGGAGUCCCUGCUGUAUGUUUUUGAUGGGGCUUUGAUGGUUUUGAUGGGGGCUAUUCUGGGGAUGGUAUUUCCCGGGUCUUUUUUGUCGGGUCAACAGGGGGCACGGUGGGAGCGAACUGUGUCUGGGUCUGCUGCGUCGGAUACAUUGCCGUUGGAGGAGGGCCGUUAUGAGUGGAAGUAG